ACCUCAGAACCCAUCUAUCUCAACCUCAUUUUCCAGAUAAAGAAACUGAGGUUGAGAGAGUGACUCAGAGGAUUUGAACCUAUUCCUCUUAACUCCCAAAUCUAGCACUUUAACCAUUUACACAUAUGAAUAAAGGGACUCUUUUCAGGAGAACAAUGACCCUGGGAUAAUUAGUCAUAGACCUCUUCUCCCACUUGAUAACUUCCUUUCCUUUUCAUCUCUUUUUUAAAUCUUAGAACAGUAGUCUUAAACCAUACAGGUUUUAAGUAUGCUUUGGAAACCAAAUCCAUACUUCUGGAUAAAUAGAUGACAAAAGAAGCACCAGAGUAAUAUGUGGGCCAAGUUGUGGACACUUUGUCCUGCCUAGAUCAUCCAGGUAGGACCUUGAAUUGUAAGCACACCAGGCCCAUCUGAAUGAUUGCCAGUAUCAUCUCUUUUUAUUUGCCCCAUCUUUCACUUUUUCUUUUUAUUCCAGUAAGCCCUGCUGCCUACUCAGUUUCAGAUCUGAGUCCUUAGUCUAUAAGGGGAGGAGGUACAGAGGGAGGAAGCUGCCAGACUGAUUGUUGGCUUUAGUUAUAUACUGGAAUGAGAGAGAUUAUUUAGAGCAGGAUUGUUAAAAAAUUAAUGUGUUUUUUUUAAAUAAGUUUUUAUUGUUAUCUUUUUCUUUUGUAACAUUGUAGUUUCCACCAAUAUCCCUUCCUUUCUCUUCACAAGAGCCAUUACAUAUAAGUAAUAUAUUUUAAAGAUUAAAAAAAUAAGAAAAAAACUAGCAUAAUCAUCACAUUAAAAAAUCUGAAAAUGCUUUCAUGAGACAGCUCUUUUGGGACUCCUGCCUCAGCAAAGGAGUAGAAUGGCAGGGUCUUCUCAAUUUCUUUCUUUGGAAUCAUGCUAGUUCCUUAUUAUUUUGUUACAUUUACUUUUGAUUUCUUUGAAUGGUGGUUAUUUCUGUUUGCAUCAUUGUAGUUGUGAAUGUUUUUGGCUUGACUAGAAAAAGGGGCUCUUAAUCUGGCAUCCAUGAAAUUAUUUUUUUUUAUUUUAAUUUUAUUUUAUUUAAUAAUAACUUUGUAUUGACAGAAUCCAUGCCAGGGUAAUUUUUUACAACAUUAUCCCUUGCACUCGCUUAUGUUUCGUUUUUUUCCCUCUCUCCCUCCACCCCCCCCAAGAUGGCAAGCAGUCCUAUAUAUGCUAAAUAUGUUGCAGUAUAUCCUAAAUACAAUACAUAUUUGCAGAACCGAACAGCCAUGAACUUAUUUUUAAAAUAUUUUGAUAACUAUAUUUUCUUAUAACUGGUUUCUUUUGUAGUUUUGUGUCUUUUAUUUUAUGCACUUAAAAAAAAAAAAAAAAAGGUCCAUGAAAUGCUUAAGAAUUCCUGGUUUGUACACUAUAAGAGCAGAAUUGUGACUAGCUUUUGUGAACAGGAGGAAGGAAAGUAGGGGACCUUGGAGGUGGAAACAGGAAAGAAACCCGAGCAGGUAAUUAGUAUAGUGGCAAGAAUGUUGAACUGAGCUCCAUGUCCCAGCAUAGUCUCAUUCGAAGUCAUUCCCCUUCUUCUAACUUAAGUUUUUCUGAUUUGUCGAAUGGGAAUAUUUACCCCUAGUGUUUCUUGGGGCUGUUGCAAACACUAAAGUUAUAUGAACAAUAGUGGUUUCCCAAUACCCUAUUGAUACCUCUGCAUUCAAACUUGGAGAAUUCGGUCCUGUAAAGACAAGAGUUGCUGAGAACUGCAGAUUGGAAAGUUGUUGACUUGAUGGAGCAUGGGACCUGGCUUUCAUUUCACUUCUCGCCCAUUCUGGUACUAAGCUGAUGCUUUAAUACCCUUUGUCAACCGUGAUUUACCAAGUCCUCCUGCUGUGUGUUUUGGACAAACCCACAAAGGGGGAGGGGGCUACUAGCUUGGUGAUUGGGCUGCCGUUCAGUCCCAGCAUGGGUACUCUCAGUAAUGCCAGUUGGGAGGAAGGGCUGACAAGAGGACAAGCAAAGGAUCUUAGACACUGUCCCCUUGCUGAUGUUGGUCCCCCUGGAAACAGGGCCAAGGGUUCUACUGGUUCUUGUUGCUACCAACGUAUCAUAGCACCUCAGAGUUCUGGAAGAGGUAGAAAGCAAGUAGCCUUUAGAAACCAGAGACAUCGGGAUCCUGCCAGCAGCACUUCUCUUGGAUGAUCUCAUUCUUCUUUUCUGGCUUCUUCCUCCCAGAAGCUUUCAAACCUAAAUUCAGAGAGACCUUACCAAACCGAUACUGCUAGUAUACUCUUUUCAUCAUCUCAUCCACAUCGCAAUCCAGACUCCGAGAACUGCUCCUUCAUCCUGCAUUUGAUCUAGGGAGGGCCUGCCUUCCUGACCCAGGAAGAUGCCGAUUCUCAAACAGCUAGUGUCCAGCUCGGCCCACUCAAAGCGCCGAUCACGAGUGGAUCUCACAGCAGAGAUGAUCAGCGCUCCCCUGGGCGACUUCCGCCACACCAUGCAUGUGGGGCGUGCUGGGGAUGCCUUCGGAGACACCUCCUUCCUUAACAGCAAAGCUGGGGAGCCAGACCCCGAGGCCCUCGAGGAACAGGCAAGUGCUACUUCCUCAUCAAAACCCAGCCUCCUGUCUCGAAAGUUUCGGGGAAGCAAGAGAUCCCAGUCAGUGACACGGGGAGACCGACGGGACAUGCUGGGCUCUCUGCGGGAUUCUGCUCUUUUUGUGAAGAAUGCCGUGUCCCUGCCACAGCUCAACGAGAAAGAGGCGGCAGAGAAGGGGUCUGGCAAGCUGCCUAAGAGCCUUUCAUCCAGUCCUGUGAAGAAGGCGGCCGCUGGAGGAGCAGAGGAGGAAGAAGUGGAGGAGGCAGGAGGAGCUGGGGAGAAGACGCCCCGUAUGAAUGGAUCCGGGGGCACCCACUCUCCUGACCCCAUCCUUGAUGAGCGGGCCUUUGGGGAUAUUACAGACCUGCCCCAUGUACCCAAGGCUGGCUAUGGGUUGAAGCAUGCAGAAUCUAUUAUGUCCUUCCACAUUGACCUGGGGCCCUCCAUGCUGGGGGAUGUCCUCAGCAUCAUGGACAAGGAUGAGUGGGACCCAGAGGAAGAGGAUGGUUGCCAUGGUGAUGAGGGUCCAAGCCACAGCAGCCAGCCCCCUCUUUCUGCUACUGUUCCUCUGAUACAGCAGGAAGGGAAGCCUGGUCCAGACUCACCGUUGCUGCCUCCCUGCACUUUGGAGGAUGAGGGCUGGGCAGCAGCAGCUCCCAGCCCAGCCUCUGCCCGAAGUGUGGGCAGUCAUACCACAAGAGACAGUAGUUCCAUCUCCAGCUGUGCCUCUGGAAUCCUAGAGGAACGAAGCCCUGCUCUCCAUGGGCUGGAAAGGGCUCGGGUCCCUCUUGCCCGACAGCCUAACAAAGAGUUCUCCUUUAUGGACGAGGAAGAGGACGAGAUCCGUGUGUGAAGGGGAUGGGGGGAGUGUUGAGUGGCUCUGCACAACUGACUUAUUUUUGUCCCCACUCCCUGUGACUUUCCACCUUUCUAUGGGACUCCCAGAGUCCAGAUAGAAUAGCCCAUGGAAGGGGCCUUGGCAGAAAGUCUUAGUUGCAGGAGACACCUCUGUAAUUCAUCUUUGCCUGUGAAUAGAAUAUUUGGUCCUCUUUGUGACUCCUUUCUCCUAGAUGUGGGAUUUGGUGGAACCUGUGAGUCAAGCAACUGUGGGUUGGAGGGGGUGGGGAUGCAUUAUUUACCUGACAUCCAUGGACAACUUGUUCUUCCCCAACAUAUGCGAGGAUCAGGUGGCCAAUGAACUCUUGAGGAUGAAGCAGGAAUCAAAGUUCCUCCUUUCUUUCUAGUCUCUUUCCCCCUCACCUCUUCCCAAAUGAAUGCUAGACAGCAAGCCGAUUGCCUCUGCACAUUGAGCAAUAUCAGGGCAGCAGAAGCCAGACCUCCAUUUGAUCUCUGUCUGUCUAGUUUGUAGUGUUGUAUCCCACUCUGUGUAGCUUCCUCUUCUCCCCCUUUUUAUGUCUUUCUAAACCUCUUCCAUCCCCCCGCCAAUCCUCUUCCCACCCCAUGUUUUUCAUUCCCCCUAAACUUUUAUCUUGAGUUGUGACUUUGUUCUUUGGCUACUAGCCAUUAAUAGAAAGAGGUCUGAGUGUGAGAGGAAGGGGUCGGCAUUAUAUAUGGUGCAGGUGGGAGGAUGCUCUGAAAAGUCCCCUCCUCACCCCCAUCUAUUUCUUUGCUCAUAUUUCUGUUUUAGGAGGAGAUUCGAAAAGAGGAAACUGUUGGGAGGAAAACUAUAAAGUUCUUGGAGCCUGAUUGGGAAAUGUUUCCCCUUUUGCUCCCUCUCCUUUGGGAGCUGCCCCUUUUCUAAGAACAAACUGGGAGGAGUUUGGGGCUCCCCCAAACAGGGCUGGGGCUCCCUUUGUAUUGGAGGGUAAAAAGCUUAGCUGUGGGAGAAAGGGAGGUCAUAGUUUUGGAGCUAUCAUCCAGCUCCCUUCCCCCUCAGAAAUGCUCCAUUUCUGCCUCACAAAACCCAGGCAGGAAAUCUGGGGCCCCUUGGAGUUAAACAGCACCAGGUGGCUGGGUUGGAGUAGUAUACGUGGAAAAUCCCCUCUUCCCACAGCAGCCUGUAGGGAGCAAGGAGAAGAUGAUGAUGAUGGGAAUACCCUGAAAGGGGCCUCUAGGUUGUGAUUCUGAAUUUUAGUCUACCCAAAUGGGAGCAAUGAUAGUAACAAAACCUGGGUGUGGGGUUCUCCCCAGAACACAGGAACCAGCUAUUGGAUCAGCCUACUUUUUUUUUAUUUCACAUAAUUUGGGUGUAGUUUUUCCUUUUAAUUUUAAUCUAAUUCCUUUGGGGGAGGAAAGGCCUUUAUGGUGAGUAGGGCUCCUCCCAGAAUGGCCAGGUUCUCUUCACUGACCUGAAUUAUUAGGAGUUUCAUUUAAAUCCCUGGCCCCAACUCUGGACUGUCCAUUUCUUGGACUGGUUGUAGAAUCUUUCCACAGUUGGGAAGGUUGAGCCCCCAUUAGAAAGCUGGACUUAUUGUAUAAUAAGUCCUACUGUGUUAGUCUGUCAGCCUUGCUCUGGUAUUAGGGUUUCAGCACAGACUGACCUCAGAGGUCAUUUAGUCUAAUCAUCCCUUAACAGGAAUCCCCUCUACAGUGUAACAUCCCUGACAAGUAAUCCUACAGCACUGAUUUAAAGACCUCUAGUAAAUGAGAACCCAUUACCUCCCAAAGUGACUCAUUUCAGGUUAGUUUAGCUCUCUUAGGAAAUUUUUUUCUUAUGUUGAUCUUAACUUGGCCUUUCUAUCACAUACCCACUGUCCCUAAUUCUGCCUUUAAUGCCCCAAGAAUUGGUUCCUUCUGAAAAUACUUUAAGGCAGCUAACAGAUUUCCUACCUGAAAUCUCAUCUCCGGCAUAAACACCCCCAUUUUCUCAGCAGUCCUGAAAAAGGUUUGGCUUCCAACCAUCCUGUUCACCCUUUUUCUUCUCUGAAAGAUACCCCGUUUGCCCCAUCUGUCUUCUUGACAUAGUGACUUUGGGCAUGGUGAGAAGCCCAAAGGAUCAAAUCAAGCUAGAGCCUAGGUCUGGAACUGGAAAUUAGAGAGGAGAAGGUGAAAGGGAAGGGAUAGAACAAGACUAAAACGAUUAGUGACGCAGGUGAUGGCAACUAUAUGAAACACUAACUUAGUUCUUUAAAAGCACAGAUUUGGAUGAUGUCCAUGGCCAGUGACAGUUCUGAAACUUAAGAGGACAAGCCUGUUGGGACAGGGAGAGGGAAUGGGGAUGGACUCCACCCUGUGUGGGCAGCACAUGAAAUGUUUACUGGUGAUGAUGUAGCACACACUAAAAUGCAUAUUCUUUUUUUAAUGAGGCCUAUGGAAGACAGAGAGGAAACAUUAAAAAUCCUUAGUGAUGCUUGAUGUUUUCAA